GCCAAGCUGCAACUGCAAGCUCUAAGCAAGUGUCAUCGAGUUACCCAACACUUUUCCAGUCAAUUUGUCUCGCAUCACAUGCGAAUUGGAAUGUGUCAUUAAAUUCUAAAACGUCCGCUAUUUUAUUUGCCAUCAAAAGUUUUCAACCGUGUAUAUUAUAAGUUAAAGUCUAACUAAGUGUAAAGUGAACAUGUGAAAAAGUGCGCGAAAGGUAUAGAGUUAAAUACAUGGAAGAAUGGCAGAGAAUGCCGACAGUCUAGUACCGGAUAGUCAGGUAUCCUCGUGCAUUGGUUCGAGCACAGCGGAAAAAAAGAUGGACACUUGUCCAGAAAAUAAGGUAAUCAAGGAACAUGAAAGAAAACAUGGCAAUCAAAAGGCAAAGGCACAAGAAAAAGGUGAAGAAAAAGCAACUCGUAAGAAAACCGACAAGAAAGAUACCGAUGACAAAGUGAAGCUUAGAGAUGUGAAAAGCGUUAAAGAAACCCCACAACAACAGGGGCAUGAAAUAGGGGGUAACGCGAAGAAAGCGAAAGCUCAGUCGCGUCGAUGGGAAAGUGCAUUAAAAGAACGAAAUGCAAUAGAAAGCAAAGAAUGUAUCAAAAUUGAGGGAAACCCAACAAAAGAAACUUUUAUCAAUGCGUCGGGUUCAAAAAGAAAUGUAAAAUUGGAAGUGAGGAAACGGGAUGCCAAUUCGAAAACUGGAGAAAAACUAAAAUCGCAAGAAAACCAACGAGGAGGUCUUGGAACUCAGCGAACAACAGAGCAGAGAAAAUCUGACGAUAAGCUCAAUCUAGAAUGUCAGCAGUCUCAAGAGCAAAUUGUUUCUAACGAGAAAAGAGCUUUGGAUAAAGCGCCCGUUACUAAGAAGGAAGUCAAAGCAACGUCCGGUGGGGCCACUAAGGAUAAUACCAAAAAAAGUGGCAUAAAAAGGCAACUAAGCCUGGAUGCUCAGAGAACGCAGAAAAAAACAAAUGCAUUAGAUCCAUCGCAGCGGAAAACGGAGUCGAAAGAGCCUGAUUGUAAGAAAUUGAAAAUAACGGAUAAUAAAAGUGAAGAACAAAUGAAUCCACAGUCGCAAAAUGCCAAACAAGCUCCGCCAACUAAAGACCCUGUCAAGAAGAUCUCGGAGAACAGAGUGUCGUCAUCUUCAAAACAAUUAAGUAAUAGACAAACAACGAAGUCCAAUACUAAAACUGGAAAAGUUAUAGAUACAACUACUAAAAAAACAUUAUCAGAUGUUACGAAAGCUAAAGCAAAGAUAUCAAUAAAUGCUAAAGAAGAUCUAAUGGAGGAAGAAAAAGUCAACUUAAAAAAAAAGGAAGCUAAGAGCCGACAGAAAGAGAAGCAAAAGGACAUCAAAGUAAGAGUUGGAGAAAGAAGUACCCAAAUUCUAGAAGCCCAACAGAAGCUUGAAGAUCAAGGAAAAUUGAAAGAUAUGAAAAAACUGUUCGAUGAUACAAAAGUUGUUAAACCAUUAACAAAUGUUAGCAAAGAGCAAGAAACUAAGACAAUGGCAAAGAGAGAAAUGUUUAAUGCCAAUUUAACAUCUGAUGAAACGCCCAAAUGUCAAGUAAAACCACAGGAGGAUGGUGCAAACCGGCAGAAAACCGAGAAGAAAAUUGAUACUGCUAAGAAAUUCAAGUCCUUCGAUGAGGCAAUUGAUACGUCAGUAUUUACUAAGAAGUCGUCGAGUAGGCCUCGCAAAAUAAGCGUGGAUUCUCGAAAUGUAAAGAUAAAUAUACAUGUAUGUCCUUACGAAUGCCCCAUUUUAAUGUUAUUCUUUACUCUUAACUUUUAA